GGUAGCAGAGAAGUGGUGGUGACCUCUUUCAGAGCGUUGUUCAUUUUUCUCAUGCACUUCAGUGGCAUGGAAGAACUCUCCGAGAAGGUGAUCGACAAAUUAUGCGACAUGUAUUCCAGACAUUCGCGACUCGCUCCGAAUUUGAUUGGCCUCGUGAAUCGCAUCCAGGAGCAUCUGGAUGACCCAGUCUGGUCGGUGAAGUUGUUGAUAGGGCUUCAGAAAUGCAUUAUGGAAAUGCCUCCACCGCAGUUGACGAUUCAUAAUUUGAGUUGGCACUUGAAAGUCUUGAAAAGAGUGGCUAAAGAGGGUCAGAUUACCCAGAGAAACACCAUUUACCUCCUUCUCAAUAUUCUCAUCAACUCCAACUUGUGUGAAAGAGGCAACUGGCAGGUUGGAAACGCAGUUCUCGCUGUUUGUCGCAAUCUUUUGGAGCAUCCCUCCAUUGAUCAAGUGUUUAUUGAGUUGGCCGACCUUUUGCAAUACAUAUCGGUACAUUAUGAUGGCAUGGACAUUAAGGAUCACGCUCGCUUUUACUACACAUUACUAACCAACCUUUCGUGGGAAAAGCGGACCGGGGUUCUCGCCAAAGGACUUGAUGGAGGACGUGCCAAAGAGCGGUCGCAUUCUGCAAUUAUGGCUGAAAGUGAGGGGAUCGCCAGUAACCUGACUGUGCACAAAACUAACCGGCAUGUUUUACAACUCAUCAAGGUGCAAGAAAAAGCCUCACAAAGGUCUUCGGAACGUUCAGAGUUGUUGGAGACAACGGGAGAGGCUGAGAAUUGGUUGGAGGUUUAUCAAGGACAGUUUCAGACACCUGGAUUUGGCUCCGAGGUCACCUUGAGAUACAAUCUGACUCAUGCAAAAGACACGGAUCCUUUAUUCGAUAAAGUCUUUACAAUUUGUCUGCAUUUUGAGCUGAAAGACUCAAAUUACGCAAAGGUAAAUGACAUACAUGUACCAUGCGUGUUCAGCGAUAGAAAGCCACCUGUGGUCAUAGUUAAGCUCAAGCCCUUUCAACCCUACCCUACUACUUUAUGUGUCAGUGCCAUUUUUACCACCCAAGAUGGACGUUCUUGGCACAGCCGACUGCCUGAUGUGAGCGUUUCAUUCCCUGAGAUAUUCCUUCCUCUGCCUUUACCGCCAAACACGUCCUGUGAAUGCAAAGAGCAAGUGUUCGACCACAUUUGGGAGGCCGCAGCCUCUGGGAAUCCUGACAAAUCUGCCAUUAGUCUUUUCUGUUUCAAAACUGCAGAUGAAAGUCUUGCUGAUCUCAUCAAGACACAUUUUCAGGGUUACCUUAUUACAGAUCAGCAGAGCAAAAGAUCAUGGAAAGUCUUGUUCUUUCUUCCACCCAUGUGCCAUGUCCUUUUGAAGAUUACACAGACUGAAGAUGCCAUUCAGGUCAGCAUUGCAACAGACAACUGGGAGCUGUUACCCUUUGUGAACUCUUACCUCCAAAACAUUACUGAUCAUUGUAGCACAACAGUAACAGAUGGCUAAAUGGAUGUAUUUCAGGUGUUAAUUUACAUAGUUGAUUUUAACCAAUACAAUUUUUUUUUUACUUCCUUUUUUGAUAUAACACCAGUCGUGUCUGUAUAUAAAAUCUCGGACUAAUGUGUUUAAUAAAAUAUAUAU